CUCUCUCUCUCUCUCUCUCUCUCUCUCUCUCUACUCUCCUCCCUCCCUCCUCUCUCUCUCUCUCUCUCUCUCUUCCUCUUUAACACUAUUGGACUCCAAGAUUCCCUCUUUGGCUUCUGCUUGCUACAAAUAUGAGAAUGCUCCUCGACGUUUCUUGCAACUUCUUCUACCACCCUUCUGAUUUUGUGCAUCCCAAGUUUGUGUUGAUUUGAUCUCAAGCCUUCCCUUACACAAAACUUGAGCUUGAAAAAGUGGGGUUUUAAAAGUUCUUAUAGGGCCCUCUUAACACACCCCCAAGAAUCAAGCUUGAUUUGUGUUGUAUAGCAAUUACUACCUACACAAAGGGAAUCUAGAAUUGCAGGAGUAGAAUUCUCAAUGGGAGAAGCCCCAGCAUUCUUUGGUGAUGAGCUUCAGAAGGGAUAUGCAAGUGGGUUUGAUCUGAAGUCCAAAGGCGGUGAAACAUCCGUUGUCGUGGGCAACAGAACUUAUGUGAUUGGUGGAGCCUGUGAGGAAUCAGCAUUAUCAAUUGGAGUUCGGAUUUUUGACCAAACUAGUGGUGAAUGGAUUAUUCCUACCGUGUUGGGGACGCAACCCAAACCAGGUAAAGGCCAUUCUGCAGUGCUCAUGAAUGGGGAUCGAAUAUUGAUUAUUAGGAGUGGUUCAAAAUCAGAUGAUUUUGCCUGGUUUCUUGAGGUGGACACACAAUAUGUUAGGCAGCAGAAGAAAAUUUUAGGCACUGAGGUUGUUGCUUGGAGUAAGGGUGUGAGAGGUAGUGCUGAGAAACCUGUUGUUAUUAGUGGUCCUUCUGGGGUAGGUAAGGGGACACUAAUAUCAAUGCUCAUGAAAGAAUAUCCAUCUUUGUUUGGAUUCUCUGUGAGCCACACGACUCGUGCUCCAAGAGCUAUGGAGAAGGAUGGGGUUCAUUAUCAUUUCAUCGAGCGAAGUGCAAUGGAGAAAGAGAUAGAAGAUGGGAAGUUCCUUGAGUUUGCUAAUGUGCAUGGAAAUCUCUAUGGAACUAGUGUCGAAGCAGUAGAAGCAGUAGCAGAUGCUGGAAAGAUAUGCAUUCUUGACAUUGACGUCCAAGGGGCAAGAUCAGUGAGGGCUAGUUCACUUGAAGCCCUCUUUAUCUUUGUGCGUCCUCCCUCGAUGGAGGAGCUUGAGAAGCGCCUUCGUGCAAGGGGAACCGAGACAGAGGAACAGGUCCUGAAGAGACUUCGAAAUGCCAAGGCAGAGAUUGAGCAGGGGCAAUCAUCAGGCAUCUUUGAUCAUAUGGUGUAUAAUGAUAAUCUUGAAGAUUGUUACAAGAGUCUUAAGAAACUUUUGGGGCUGGAUGGAAGUGUGGCUGCUCCUAAAUCACCAUCUAAAGUGGUUGAUCUGUUUAUCGACCAUGCCGUGUCCAAGAUUGACAACAAGAUUAUCAUAAACUCCAGAAACCCAGAACUGGAAAAGUCAUCGACCAACAUGAUUGUGCUUGAUGUGUCAUCUCUCAAAGGAGGAGCACCUGGACGGACAAGAGGACUAAACAUCUACACAAUGGACUCAUUUUUGGAUGAUCGAGUUACUAGUAGUGUCUCUUUUGGCGGCAAAAUGGAGAUUUAACAAAGAGCAACUACGAACCUGAGUCACUUUUUUUGCUUCUAAUCUUGUAUAUUAGUCUCUAGAUUUGGCUGGUCUACUUGUUGCUUUGCCC